AUGGCUGAUCAUCCUCUUGUUCUGCAGAUACAUCCACCACAACCGCAGCUUCAGCGCUCCUCAAGCACGGAGCUGGGUUCAGAACUAGCAAAUUCAUCAUCAACACCGCCACCAGCAAACCCCAUGGCAACAAAUCUUGAACAGUUGGUGUUGCAAAUUGGACAAUCAUCAACAGCGCCACCACAGCAUGAAGGUAUUUUAAACCUCAAGGUAGGUAAGCCAAUUUUGCUACACAUAAACUCCUUAACACCACCACCAAACCCACCACCACCACCAAAGCCAGAAAACCAAAACCAUGAUCUCCCUGCACCAUCUGAUGAUCAGAAACAGCAACUGAAUGCCAUUGUUACACAGUCAAACCCAGCUGUUGAUAAAAUGAGGAUUAAUAAGAACCAAAAACUAAGCACUGCAGGAAGCCUUGCAAACCUUUUACCCACUGGCACAGUUCUUGCCUUCCAAGCCCUCACACCUUCUAUUUCCUACAACGGCCGAUGCCACACGUUCAACAAGUACCUUGUGGCAAUUGUCAUACUAGUUUGUUCUGUCAUAUGUUUUGUGUCAUCCUUCACUGAUAGCCUGCCAUGGGAAGGCAAAGUAUACUACGGCGUCGCCACAUACAGUCGUCUUUCUGUUUUGAACGAUGACAAUCACGAGACUGAUAAAAACGACGACAUUCAGCAGGAGUUGAAGAAGUUGCGCGUCAGACCUAAAGACUUUAUUCAUGCGUUUGUGUCGGUGUUUGUGUUCUUGAUCUUUGCUUUUAGCAGCUCAGAAGUGCAAGGCUGCUACUUUCCUAAAUCAAGAGAGUUGGAGUAUUCACUCGUCAUAUAUUUGCCUUUAGUGGUUGGCCUUUUCUCAAGUUUCUUGUUCUCCAUUUUUUCCGACUAA